AAGCCGCCAAUAUACAAGGCUCGAGGUGUGGUGACGCUGAAGCUGGGCUCCAUUAAAGCCCCUCGUGAAGAAAAGAGUGGGCAGGUCCUGGCUAUGGACUGGCUGCCUCAGAAACCACACAACAUAAUGGCGAUUGGAUUCUACGAUGGCAUUGUCGGUCUGUGGGAUCUGUCAACCAAGUCUGCGUUGUUGCGAGUUCGGGAGUCGGACAGGUCUUUGACUCUGCUGCCCUACAGAUGCAUACUCGCUCACGACAACAUGGUGCGAACUCUGGCCUUCUGUCCCGCCUCCAGAUACCUGCUGACGACGGCAGGGGAGGACCGCUACGUGAAGAUGUGGGACCUGAGGAGACUCUUUGACCCCAUUAAAGUCUAUAAACGCUAUCUGACCAAUGAGAUCUGCUGGCCGUUYCAUGCUACUGGGGUCAUCAAGGCCAAAGAUAGUACCUUUGUACCGAGAGGUUCAACAGGAAUCCAUUACUUUGACGUGAACAUGAACUCGUUGUUCGUUCUUCCUCGGAGCACGUCCGUGUGGUCCCUGUCGUACUCUGAGUGGUUACACUGCGUGUUGUCAGCAGACCUGCUCGGUGAGGUGAUCCUGGUCAUGCUGCCUCCCCUCAGCUUCUCUGUCCCCAACAUCAGGCGACCAGCAAACAGACGUUUUCCUGCCUAUUUUACGUCUAAGGUACCUUAUGAUGCAACAGAAGUGGAGCGUGAAGAGGAAGGACAUGAUGAUGUUGAUGGUGGGCAGGAAGGAGGAGAAACAGACAAACCAGCUGCUGAGUCUGAAGGAGGAAGUGUUGGAAAAGACACGAGUCUGACCUACAAGGAGGCUGUUAAGAAAUACUCCCUGCAUUAUACGGACUUCGAUAUGAGGAGUCUUGUUGGAAUGGGGAGGAGAACUUUGUGGAAACAGAUGCAGCGCACAGAAGCAACAGCAAACAUCGACAUGGACGACAUGCCUUUAACUGCACUGUAUAAGGUCCGUUUCAACCCCAACAUGAGCAGCCACGUGUGGUUUGUGUCCGGCGGUCAGACGGGCCUGGUCAGACUGCAGUGUUUACGGGCCAUGAUCACCCCCAAAGUGAAGAAGCUGAUCGGAGAGAACCUGGCCCAGUUCAACGCUCUCUACUCCCCGCAGGACCAGACGGCAGACGAGCCRCUAUAGCAGGAGCUGAGCUUCACCGCACACCAGAAGGUGGAUAAAAAAACACUUCUGUAUGAAAAAAAACACAGAUCUGACAAAAAAAUGCUCUUAACACAUCACUGCUUCUGUGUGUAAAAUCUGGGCGAAGGCUGAAAACGGUGAGUUUAGUCCUGCUUCCAUCGGAGAAGAAAAGGUGGAUUUAAAAAAAAAUGAUGUUGGAUAAUUAACAGUAAUUAUGUUUGAUGAACACACAGAACAAACCCUGAAUGUGUCCACAUCCUGUCCACAUUUUUUGAUUUGAAUGCAGAACGAUUARGUUUCAGUUAAAGUGCCUUUUUUUGUUUAAUUCUCAUCUUGAGCCCGAAUUUCAGGUUAACAGAUUGUAUUUCAAGUUCUGUGGUUUUACAGGCUGAAAAUGUUUGUUUAUUUGUUUGUUUGUUUUGUUAGUUUUUUUUUCUACAAGUCUCAAAACCAUCUGAAAAAAAUUUUGGUGACUUAUCACUUAACAUCUGUUCAUGUUUAUUUAAACUUAAGUCUCUGUCACACUAUAACGUUUUUACGGAAGAGGA